GCCAAACGAGUGCGUCGAAUCGAACGUGAUUCGAUUAGUCUCGAAUCCGUUAUCGAUUACAGCAGCAUUGUUUACAAAUUGUUAUGAAAAACUAUUGAUCAUUGUUUCUGGCGUUUGUAAAAUCCGCGCGGACACGAGUGAUCGCGCGUGAAUCACGUUCGUCGAUCUCGAUCGAAAAUAGUCAAGACUCAGUCUCGCUCGCGCGUAAGUAGAUAUCGGAUCCCGUUAGUUAUGGAGGUAACCUGCCGUCGACGCGACGGUGACGGUUGCGGGCCUGUCGUUGUCGUCGUCGUCGUCGCGCGCAACCGAACGCCCUGUGAUCCCGUGGGUUUGGAUUUUCGCGCUAAAUCGCCCAUGCCGAGACCUUCGUGCGAAAGCGUCUCGCAAAACCUGCAAUGUUACGCGCGUCGUAAACGGUCGCAACAUGUUCGUGACGAAUCUACAAAAGGAUUUCUACGAUGUGAUACAAAGAAGCAGGUGUUUACUUCUGGUGAAUUUUGAUAUCGAUGCAAUCUGUGCCUGUAGAAUAUUACAACAACUUUUUAAAAAUGAUCACAUAAUAUAUACUCUUGUACCUGUCCGAGGCGUUCAGGAUAUGAUAAAUGCAUUUGAUGAAAAUUGCGAAGAGAUAAAGAAUGUUGUAAUGAUAAACUGUGGUGGUACUCUAGAUUUAGUGGAAUUACUUCGACCGGAUGAGUCUGUAAUAUUUUUUAUUCUUGACAGUCAUAGGCCUUACGAUUUAUGCAAUAUAUAUUCGGAAAGUCAAAUAUGUAUUCUUGGUAAACCCGACGAAGACGAUGAAAUUCCAGAAUACAAUGAUAUAUUUCGAGAUGAUAGCUCGGAUGAAGAGGAUGCAAACGAGGAAUCUGAUAGUGAAAAUGAAAACAGACAAAGUAAAAGACGAAGAUUGAACGAAGAGGACAUUUUAAGGAGAAGCGAACGAAGGAAAUGGGUUGAAAAUAGGGAGACGAUUCUUUUCAAUUAUUUACAAUACAGUUAUUAUGGCAAAUCGAGCGCGAUAGUAGUAUUUGAGAUGGCUUGGAACAUGUCAAAAGAUAAUCUAGAUAUGGCAUGGUGGGCUAUAGUUGGCUCGACGGAACAGUCGAUUCUUACCAAGAUAGAGUCAAGAAUAGCUGUUCUUGAAGAAGGUUCUCUUCAAGCUCACGUUUCCAGAUUAACACAUAGGCAGGGCAUCGAUGUUGAUAAGCAACAACAGCAGCAAAGCAUUGUUAAAGUUACUUACGACAAAGAUUUACAACUCGCAUUAUAUCGUCAUUGGACUGUUGAAGCUAGCUUAAAAUAUUCAAUGUCGACUGCGGUAUCGUUACGUCUUUGGUCCAUUAGAGGAGAACAACGUUUGAAAGAAGUUUUAGCAGAAAUGGGUUUACCUCUAGUGCAAUCCAGACAAUUGUUUCGUGCAAUGGAUCUUACUUUUAGACAAGAAUUUAGGCAAAUGGUUGAAAAAUUAGCUGGCAAAUAUAAUGUCAACAGCAUUAUUGGCACCAGUUUUACUCUUCAAUACGGUUAUCGUUUUAAAUAUUGCGCUUCAGACAUGGUAUAUGCCAUGUUGGCUUUACUGGAUUCUACAACAAAGGAUAGACAACCACAGCGUUGCUUUUUAGACGCGCUAGACUGUUUAUCGCGCACAAAAAAGGAUAUUUUAGAAAGUGGGAUAGAAAAGGCAAAGCUUAUGCUUCACAAUAUCUUUAAAACUGCACAGAGUAUAUUGGAAGCUAAGCAAGUAAAGAAUUUUGGUUCCUUUUUAUAUCUCAAUGUACCAGAUGGGAAUAUAGACACUUAUUUAUUCGCACAUCCUCAUCCCUUGAUUAUGCUAGCUCAGUUUGCUCUCAAAGCGUAUGUAAAUUCUUCGAGAAAUAGGCGUGCUUCUGAAUGGCCUCUUGUGGCCUCUGCUGUAUUUAGCACAGAGGAAGGAUCAUGUCUUCUUGUCGGUAUACCACCAGUUUGUGAAGAUCAACCCAGAAGUUUAUUUGGAAAAGCAUUCGAGCAAACUGCAAAAAAUAAAAAUUGUUACAUCGAACCAGACUAUUUUGAUAGUACAAUAAUAAGACUGAAAAUCGAGGAAAGACCCAAGUUUCUUGAUGCUUUGGCAGCACUACUUGCAUGAUAAUUCUCAUAAUUGUAUAAUCAUUAGAGACAAACAGUAUGGCAAUAACAUUAAUGAAAUUUUUAACUAAUGCGACUAUUAAAAUAAUUAAAUGCACUUUAUUAUUCUUGACGUUAUAGUGCCUUUUCUUAAAAAACGCAAACUCUUAUUGUAUAUUUUUUAACCAGCGACGGCAGUAGCUUUAUAAUUGUGAAAUAUUUAAUAUAUAAAUUAGGAUUUUGAUAUGUGUGUGAAAUCAAUGACUUUGUAUAAAUGUAAUAAUCAAUUUUGUGUGUGUGUGUGUUGUAUAAAAAUUGCUAGGAUACAACAAGUAUAUUUAAAAACAAGUAACAAGUAUAUUUAAGUAUAUUUAAAAAAAAAAGGAUAAAAAGUCACUCUAUUGCAAUAACGCUUUUAUUAUUAAUUCAAGAGACAUAAUGGAUUAAAUAAUUUUAUA